CAACUCUUGUGUCACCUCGUGCCUCAGCCCCUCAAAAUGUCUUCCUCCUCAAACAGCAAUGGAGUAGAUCCAGUUGGUUUUGCCAGCAACAUCGGCACGUGGGUCGCCGCAGGAGUAGCAAUCGUUGCCCUAGUCGGUGUAGUCGGUCCACUUCUUGCACUGCAAGUAUCGAUGAGUGAUAAAAACCGAGCCAUGAAUGCGGUUCAAGACCAGCGACAGAAAUAUGUUUCAAGAGGGUUUCGUCUGACUAGAGGACUACGCGUGUUUAGAAGGAUUCGCGUGCCAAACCUUGCACCUGGAUACAUCACCAACGAGCCAGAUACAGCCCCGCUUAUACCACCUCUCAAUGCAGCUUUGGGUCGUUGGGGGUUCAAGACGAGGGAUUAUCUGCCAUGGAAUUCGGGGUGGGCCAAAAUGUCCGAAUUGAUCGAAUCGUAUCAAGUACGAGAUGGAAUUAGUAACGGGCCCGUUGACUUGGGCGUCGCCAAGUCCGGAGGCACGCUCGAGGUCGUCAACAGUCGAACCGCAUUGGUGGUGAAUAAGCACUGGAUCCUGAUGCUAGGUCUUCUUGGCCGAUAUGGAGACCGUGUCGAUAAAGGGAUCCUACAGCGAAAUGGAAUCAGGAGGAACUUCGAUGGGGAACGAGCAUCCAUUCGACAUUUCGCCUUACCAAGGAAAGCCAAACAAAGAGAAUCAGACUUGCAAUUUGAAUGGGCUCGCGAGAAAGAGACACGCUCAUCAAUCAGAAGUAAAGGCUCGUCAAGUCGAGACUCAGCAAGUUUGAGAUCCUGGUCGGAUAGCGAUACAGACUCUGACGGUACCGUGAUGGCUGUGCGUCGAAGCGCUUAUGGAACCAUCACGCUUGAAACUACGCCCCAACCUACGAUACAUGGCAUAACAGGCAAAUUGCAGCAACUUGGUCGACACAAAGGGUCAUGGAGUUAUUUAACCUCUGUAUCAUUUGUGCCACAUAUCGCGAAAGAGAUCUUUGAAGCAGGUAUUGAUGAGAGGAGGGAGGGUUCUUCUCUGCAAACUCUGUUCUGGCUUGCUCAUGGCUUUCUAUCGUGUGGUAGAACCGCAGAGGGACGACAGAUGGUAAUUUCUUUGGAAGCCCCGGACCUUUCUCUUGUAUCGAUAGGCAAGGAGAUUGAUGAUAUCAUGGCCUGGCCUGCAUACUCUCUCCAAGAGUCCGAUGACAUUCCUAUAUCUAUUGGUAUUGCGAUGCAGUGUCUCGGUAUUCCAGAACCACAGAUAUUGCAAUUCCUCCCAAUUGAUGCUGCGAGUCAGGCAAAGCGGAUCUUGGAAGACACUAAGUAUGGCACUCAUGUUGAGAUGCAGAGUCCAGCGUACGACUCAAAUCAACAGAACCUUCAAUGGCAACAUCAGCUACCAACACAAUCAGCCGGUUUAACCCUCGAUGGUCCCUGGGUUCGUUACUCAAAUUCGGCACAAGAACAUUUCUGUCUAUUUCCAAGACGUGAUUUUGAGAAGACGCUGAGACUUAUACUCACUAUUGACUGGGAUCAUUGGGGGUUUUUAAUAUGGAAGGAUAGGUUUUGGACGGCAAUCCUACGCUGGACCAUUGGUAUUCUGAAGAUGAAGAAGAUAUGCGAUUCUGAGUUUGGACAAGCAUUCGAACUAGCAUCUCACUCUCGAAUCUUUGAUUGGAAGCACAGUGGGACAUUUUAUCCACAAAAAUUGGCAGAUCAGCUAUCAUUCGACAAGUUUCUAACCGACUAUCUCGACACAUAUGAUCUUCUCCCUCUUCGUCUCUCACUAGGCAUUCUCUACAUCUUGGAUAAGCAGCUCCGAGAGAGGAUCUUGAAAGUAUGCGCCAACCUAUUUGAUACCGAGGGAAACAACAAAGCCUAUUCUAUAGCACGAAUUCACUACCUUGAAUCAGCUCUGGAGGAGGUUGAGGCGGAAUAUUGGAUGCAGAAGGAAAUCCAUAAGAACGAUGAGAUACCCUUCUUGAGUAAGAGGAAGGCGGCUACAGAUGAAGAUUGCGAGUCCGUUGAAGAAUUUUCCACACAUAUGUUGAUAAAAGACUUGGAUGCUGCUACAUUGGAGCGCUUUAAUAUCGACUACGAACAGACUGAUCAUGUGUUGUACCGCAUAAACGGGUACAUUGCACUAUGGGAGCAAGAGAUUCUCCUCAAACAUACCUCCGUACGUCGUGAGCUCUACCAUAUCAAAAGUUGUAUCACUGGUGGCGUUUUAGAGUACACAUAUAAGACAAGACAGCUGAAGUGGUACUCUGAUAAGGCUUCAAUGAUGGAGUAUAGCACUUGGCAGUUGACACUUCAGGACGCAGUCAUGACUGGAGAGAAACAGUCUAUGUGGAUUGAGGAGAAGGAUAUGGUGAUGGUUGCAUUGUGGGUUGCUAAUAGAGCGGCUAUGUGGAUCGGGGCUCAGGACUCAAAGCCGUUAUUGGAGUUUGUUGAAGAUCUAGAUACAUAUGCAUAUGUACUGUGAGACUCAUAGGAACAGCUCUACAUGGCUAUAGGAGAUAUAGAGCGAUACUUAUAAGUUAUAAGUACUUAUUAAGCUCUCAUUGCUUUACAAAAGGUUGAGCAUGAAGCAUAUAAUGUAUUCUAAUUAAAUAUGUUUGUAAUUACAGAGAGAGAAUGAGGAGUGGCACAGGAUGACUGCUUUAUCAACUGAAAACCAGGAACGAGACCGGCCUUCUUCUCAGCAGUUGCUCAUCCUGCAAGAUAGGAGAUUGGUUUCUCCCUGUCAGAAAGCUAGAAAACACAGACUUUCAUUCAUUGACUACAACAAGAGCAUGGAAA